UUAGUAAAUUUUGAUCUAUUGCAAUACUUUCCCCUUUCACACUAGGUGUGUGCGGAAAAGUAAAAAGCGCUGUGUUCAUCUUUUAUAGACUCUGCGUACAAGUCGAAUUUUUAUUCUAACUCAUUCAAUUCUCUGCUCUGGGAAAAAUUAAUGCACUUGAGGGUUAAAUUUGCAUCAAAUGAUAUGUAAUAAAUGCAUGCUGUAGAUCACAGUGCGGAAAAAAUCUUAUGAAUGUAAGACCUUUUAUUUUAUGUACUUUGACUCCAGAAAGUUUCAAAAAGCUCAGAAUCAACUAGGCACAAUUGCACAAAUUCAGACACACAUACGAAAUGACUUUUGAUACGACUUUUUUUAUAAUGCUAAGUUUUUCGAACAGAAUAUCGAUUUUCUAACUACACAUCAAUUGCAGUGUUUAAAGUAUCGUUGGAAUAUGGAGAAAAUAGAGAGAAAUUUGUUUCAGGGGGAAAAUAGAGAGAUCGAAUAUUUCGUAUAUACUUGACAUUUCAUCACACUGAAGCGGUUUUCCGUCCGCUGUGUUUUAAAAAAUGUUACAUUUUUAAUUGCUGGAUACUGCAGAACUUUAAUUGAAUAGUUAGUUUGGUUAUGUACAAAAAUGACAGAAAUUGUGUUAUACAAGUAUUAUAUUCACCUAUUUUCAACUUUUGCAAUUGAAUUCAGCAGCAUGUUGAAAAUUCCAAAAAUUGUGAAUAACAUCAAUAACAAACAGCACAUGAAUUAUCAAAACAAGUGAUCGACAUUACUAAUCGAAGUCUUAUCAGAAUACACAGAACGACUUGUUUUAAUACUUCUUCGUGGAAUUGAUUCAAAAUGUUUUACACGCGAUUCUCGUUCUCGUUAGCAAAAAGAUAUCUUAGUUUACAACCUCAGACUCAUUCAAUAAAAAAAAACAUAAAAAAAAUUUUAAUAGCCAAUAGGGGAGAGAUUGCAUGUCGUGUCAUUAAAACAGCUCGUCGAUUAGGUGUUCGUACUGUGGCCGUUUUUUCAGAUGCUGACGCAAACACUCUUCAUGUUCAUGAAGCUGACGAAGCCUAUUAUAUAGGUCCCUCUCCAUCUGUACAAUCGUACUUAAAUUCUUCAAAAAUUAUAGAGGUGGCAAAAAAAGCAAAUUGUUGUGCCAUUCAUCCGGGUUACGGUUUUUUAUCGGAGAGUGUUGAAUUUUCUGACCAGUGUGAAAAGGAGAAUAUAAUUUUUAUAGGUCCGCCAAGUAAGGCAAUUCAUGAUAUGGGUAUCAAAAGUACGUCAAAAUUAAUAAUGGCUGAAGCAGGGGUUCCCAUUAUAAAUGGAUACCAUGGUGAAAAUCAGGCCAAUAAAAAAUUACAGGCGGAAGCACAAAAAAUUGGAUUUCCAUUGAUGAUAAAGGCUGUUCGUGGCGGUGGCGGCAAGGGAAUGAGAAUUGCAAAUACUGCAACGGAAUUUCUGAAUCAAUUGGAAUCUGCUCGGACCGAGUCAAAAAAAGCUUUUAAUGACACAUCGGUAUUAUUGGAAAAGUAUAUUUCUACACCAAGGCAUGUCGAAGUUCAAGUAUUUGCAGACACAUACGGAAAUGCUGUUUACUUGUUUGAACGUGAUUGCUCCGUACAAAGACGUCAUCAGAAAAUAAUCGAAGAAGCUCCGGCCCCUUUUCUCUCUGAGCAAUUAAGAGAAGAGCUAGGUUUAGCUGCAGUUAAAGCGGCAAAGGCUGUAGGAUAUGUUGGUGCCGGCACAGUUGAGUUUAUUCUGGAUAAAGAAGAUUUAUCUUUUCAUUUUAUGGAAAUGAAUACUCGUCUCCAAGUUGAACACCCUAUAUCAGAAAUGAUAACCAAUACAGAUCUAGUAGAAUGGCAAAUUCGAAUAGCAUCCGGGGAGCCAUUACCACUUUCGCAGGAGGAAAUUAAAAAGCAUGGCCAUGCAUUUGAGGCACGAAUAUAUGCAGAAAAUCCGAGGGAUGGUUUCUUGCCCCGAGCAGGUCUUCUGACGCAUUUAAGUACUCCAAUUCCAAAUAGUUUCGUUCGCAUAGAGACCGGUGUCAAGGAAAACGAUAUUGUAUCAGUGCACUAUGAUCCUAUGAUUGCUAAACUAGUGGUAUGGGUUUCAUUCAUAUUCAUUUAUUAAUUCUAAUAUGUACUUACUGUUGGCUACGAACGAUGGGAACUAGUAUCGUAUAUUCCCCAUACAAAUUAAUUUUAUCGAUUCUACGAAUACGACAUCUGUUAAAAAAGAUACCGAUUUUUGUUACUACUGUUGCUUUGACACAGCUCGAGCGAACUAUACGGCUAUGGCUGUAUUAUAGACGAACUAAUACAAAAGAACACACA